CAGGCGCCACAGCGUGGUCACACUAUUGCAAAACUUCCAGCAUUUCGCGGGAUUGUCCGUUUUAUUUGCGAAUUUUUAACAUUUGCGUUGUUUUACGGUGUUUACAGUGUUACGAGUAAUCUAUCAGUCGGUUUGACAUAUCAUUGCUUUGAGAGCAAUACUCUUGAUCGAGAAAUAACUCUUUCUGUUCACUGUCCAAGGAAAAUAUGUCCGCUGAGGCCGAAGCUAUUGUUACAACGGCUGCUGCCGAUAUGUCCUCACCUAAAAAGCCUGUGGCCGUGGAGCCCGUAGCUGCCGAUACAACCCCGGACAAUGUUCCAGUGGUUGCAGCCGUCUCCACUGAGGAAACAUCCGGCCAAGCCGAGCAGGAACGCUCCGAGAAAAUACUUAAGGCCAAGGAGCUAUUUAGCCAGGGAUCGCGUAACUUCCUGGUGAAGAGCUACGAUGAGGCGGCUGAUGACCUGAGCCAAGUGUGCCAGCUAUACGCGGAAGUCUACGGGGAUCUGGCCGACGAGCUGGGUCAGCCCCUGCUGCUCUAUGGCAAAUCUUUGAUUGCUAUGGCCUUGGACGAAAAUAAAGUUAUUGAUGUGCCCGAUGAGGCCGCCGAUGAGGAGGACGAGGACAUAGACGACGAUGACGCCGAGGAAGAGGAAGGUGGUGGCGAGGAUGGGGAGGCCAAAAAGGAGGAGGCCUCCUCCAAUGGAGCAAGCAGCACAAAUGGCAAAGAGUUGGACAGCAUCAAGGAGACAUCCGACGAGGCCGAUUCAACUGGAGAAGCAGAGCAGGUCCAGCCAGACGGCAAGGACGCCAAGAAGGCACCUACUGGAGUGGAUGAGGUUAGCAGCAGUAAUGGCGGUGGAACAAGUGCUGCCAACGAUGAUGAGCGACCGAGCACAUCGAAUGGCAGCGAGGUAACAGCCAGUUGCUCUAAUGGAGCAGCAGCAGCAAGUGGAGAAGAGGACGGUGGCGACGAUGAAGAGGGAGUCAGUGGCAGUCUUCAGCUGGCCUGGGAGAUUCUUGGGACAGCAGCCAGGAUAUUCUCGCGCCAAGGGCUUGGUGGUCUCCAAUAUUUGGCAGAAGUACAGACGGAGCUGGCCAAUAUAGAGUUUGAAAACGGAAUAUUGGAGCCGGCACGCGAGGAUUACGAGAAAGCCCUCAAGAUCCACGGCGAGUUACCAACAAAGAACCGACGCGCGCUUGCCGAAUUGCACUACAAGAUCGGGCUGACCUAUCUGAUGCAGCAGAUGAACAAGGAAGGAGCCACAGCUCUGCGACACUCCAGCACGCUGAUCGAAGAGGAAAUAGCUGAUAUUAAGGCCAAGGACGAGCCCAGUGAGCGCGAAAAAAAUAACAUGUUGGACUUGGAGGAGACCAAACAGGAGAUUCUGGCCAAAAUACAGGAAAUUGAAGAGAUGCAGGCUCAGACAAUAGCCGAGGUGCGGGCUGCCCUGGACAGCUAUAUUAGGCCGGUGAGCAGCGGUGAUGCUGCUGCUGCCUCUUCCUCGUCAACGUCGACCAAUGGAGCAGCCAGCUCGUCGUCAUCUUCAACCAGUGGUGGCGCUACAGCAGCCGCCUCCUCUUCGGCAAUUAGCAGCAGCUCGGCCAAGCCCACAGACAUCACCCAUCUGAUCAAGCGGAAGAAGCCCGAGGAACCCAGCUCGGAGGCCGAGGCACUAUGCUCACCGGCUAAGCGACCCGCCGUCUAGGGCGGACAUUCCAGUUGCCCAGCGAUGGCACAUCCACUCAUAACCACAACCACGCCCCAAACACAAACACACUAUACAUCAGCUACUAAAUCCCAAUCACAUGCAUUCAACCAACUGUCCUAUCCCUUCUACAUAUUUAUGCUAUUUGUUUGCUGUUUUCUACCAAAAUUCUCUAUAAGUCUGUAAGGUAACAAUCACAAUUAGUGCUAAGCGUAAAGUAUAUUAAAUAAUGUUUUUGUAUUAAACGAGGAAAAGAAACGAAUAAGGAAAGCAGAAAUAUACGGGAAAUUGCCUCAAGAA